UACUCCCUCUUUUUGCCACAAGAAAUUAAUGUUUUCUAAAUGACGAGUCACAGUAGGGUGUGAUUAUUAGUUGUUCCCCAAAGGCUACUUCAUUUAUACUGAUUGAUUUAUUAGGCCUAUUCAUUACGUCGAAAGACCUGUUAAAAAAUACUUUUUGUGUAUGAUUACGAUAACAGGCUUUCUAGCCUACAAUUAAUGUGUAUCAGGAUGGAGAGAAAAACGGUAAACGUUUACGUGUGUGCAUACGCGGUGUUUGGCAUGCUUCUUAUAGACCAAUGUUCUGCAACUACCAAAGUCGAAUGCGUUACAGAUGUGGGGACUGUCAGGUGUAUAGAAUAUGACGAUGAGAUGCCAGGAUUCUACCACGAGAUCCGAUGCAUCAAUAAAGACCUCCAUGAAAUUCCGAGAUGCUUUGCAGGCGUUAAACGCUUAAGUCUCAGAAAGAAUUACAUUGACGACAUUUCAAAAGGGCUUGAGCACUACUCCUCUUUGCAGAAACUAGAUCUUGAAAAUAAUUGCCUAAAAAGUAUGGAAGUCAGACUAAGGCACGUGAAUUUAUUACAGGAAUUGAUGCUGCAUCAUAACGAAAUCAGAGUUAUCGGAGACGAAGUGUUUAGAGAAAUGACUGCUAUUAGAAUUAUAAACUUAGCGUCAAAUCAAUUGACUGCUUUUCAUAACACCACUUUUCAAAAUCUGAAAACUUUGGAGAAGCUGUACCUCGGGAACAAUUCUCUGUCGUAUAUUCCUCCUGCAGCAUUCUUAAACACUAGUUUAUCAGUUCUUGAUUUGUCGAGAAAUAACCUUACAUAUCUUGACCCGGAGCUGUUCAGAAAUUGUUCACAUCUAAGGUCGCUUGAUUUGCGAUAUAAUUCGUUUAAAGAAUUACCAGUGGCACUUCUUGAUACGUUCUUGUCUUUACACUCAUUUACCCUUUCAGGCAAUAUAUUUGACUGUAACUGCCAGGCUAACAUGCUUGAAUUGUCGGACAGAUUCAAAGAAAGAUGCACAGAAUGGAAGCCUCCUUCCUGUAGUAACGGCAUGGAUUUUAGUCAGCUACGAAUUCAAUGCAAUGCAUUCCCAGAUGGUACGAUCGCGCCUGAUAAAGAAGAUCACCAUUCACAUGGGAUCUUUCCGUUGAAGGUGUUAACAGUUUGCCUCUUUUGCUUGAUAUUUUUUAUGUUUCUUAGUAAGGUUAUUUAUUGGAAAUUCAAACGAAAUAAUUUAAGCAACGUUGCACAAUGCACGCACGCAAGUUGCGACGGUCAUUGCGUUAACGAAAACAGGGACAGCAACGUGCAAUGCAGACAUGCAAUCAAGGAAAAAAACUGUGUAAAAACAUGUUGUGGAAUGAAAUGUAUGUUUGCAGUUUCUUAUAAGAAACCCCAAAAUGCAACUGAUUAUCAUACUCCCACAUAUUUAAAAGAUUUAAAAAACCGGUUAAGCACAGAUUCGGGUAAUUCGUCACAGCAUUCAGAAGAUGGAAUUUUAGACAGCCACAACGUUUCUAGCUCAUCGCAAGUAUCAUUUGUUGACGAAACUCCAGAAAACCAAUCAAUAAGUACAAAAACACUUGUAUAUGAUUGUCCCUAUCACAAACAAUUUGUUUACAAUGCAAAUGACAACUUCCCGAAAACAUUUUGUUUAACUUGUAGUACAAAAUCGAGUUAUGUUUAAACAUUGUGGAAUUAUGAAAAAGGACGAUGUUAUAAAACAAUUAUUCUGCAACAUGAGUCGCUAAUCAAGUCAAAUGGGUUAUUUUGUUUUUCCGACUCCAUAUUUAUUUUAGAAAGGAAAAAAAAAACAAAAAAAA